AUGGUCGCCAAGGCCAUCAUGUUUCUCCAGCAUGAGAGUAUGCGUCCAAAGAGAAAAUGCGGCAGUGCAGUCAUGCAAGACGGGACCACCAUCGGGAAGUCAGGAAUAGCGCAGGUGAUCUCGGCGCUCGAGAACUACCGCAGGAACCAUGAGCACCUCUACAAGGACAACCCGGAUGCCAGGGUCAGUCUCCGCACUGACCAGCACAUCCGCGCCAUCGAAGACACCGUGAAACACAGCGAGCUGCUGCGAAUCGAAAAAGCGCAGGCACUGAAGGCCGCGGGGACAUCAUCAGACACGUACAAUGAUGGACAGCUUACGAGCACGGCCACGAGCUUCCUCAACAUCUCAUCUGGCAUCCGGAAGCUCACCACGCAGAUUAGAGAUCGCGCCAUGCAGCUUACAUCAUCAAGUGCAGCUUUUCGGGGGGACAACAUCCGCAGUCUCCUGUGGUCUGACCUGUCAGUCCGCCAGGUCCCGAUGUACGACAUUCAGCUCGGCCACAGGGCUCUCGUGUUCAUGGCCAACAAUGGCAAGACCAACCAGAAUGGCCGGACCGAUGAGUUUGGUGCCUUCCGUCACCGUCUGGUCGAGCUCUGCAGCAUCGGGUCCAUCGCACUUCAGUUUUUCAGCCACUUUCACAUCCAAAAUAACCCGCUCCCCUCCUUCGGCGCAGAUGUCACCGAUCGGAAUUUUGGCGAGUACGGGCGUCGCAAUUGGUAUCAGUAUCAUGUAUUCUACGCUUUGCGACUCGACAUGCCCAUGUCAUACGAAACCCACUGCAGCUGCAUCAAUGCACUCCACAUCCAGCAUGAGAUAUUGAUCAUGAAGGUGACACAUGCCAGCCGGUCAUUUGCCGCACAGAACACGCGCAGCCAUGGGGUCUCUGCCAGCGACACGAAGGCUCUGGGUGGGUGGAGUGAGAGCGGGUCAUCUUGGUCCUGCUACGACCGCGAACUGCCGAUCGAUGCACUUGUCGGCUCGGCGAUGCUCAACGCACGGCAACUGGGCACCUAUUUCAUUCCUCGGGGCAUACUCGACCCACCAUUGUCGCUAAAGGACAUUGCCCUCGAGCAAUUCUUGAAGGUCCUCUCGUGGUUCCGCCACAUUCUGCUGCAGGACAUGGCUGUUCUUUACUCACGAAACCCCAAUGCGCUCAUGUUCCAGUAUACACCAUUCAACACUGCAGUGUUCCGCACCUUUGCAGCUGAGGCAGAGCCCCGCAUUCUUGAUGCCGAAGAACAAAGUUGGCUCGCGUUUCAGCAUCUGCCCGAACGAUUUGUCACCAGUAUCAAAGGCGUCGUGAUGGGGCUUGAGCUCGCGCAGCAGCAGGACCGUGAUCUCAAUAACAUGAGAUGGAGCACACUGUCGCAGGAUGUCAUGCACCUGAAGAGCCUGCUUGAAGAGGCUGUCUUGGCUCCCAUGAGCCGCAGUUGA